GCAAACCACUAUCCAAGCUAUCUCCGCCCCGCCGUAUAUUUGCCAUAGCUCCCGAAGUCUGAUUUUCAUCACAUAUCAAUAUCAAUGUCAAAGAUCGCUAUCGAGACCCAACAUUUUAACCUCCUCCAAUCACCAUCCAUCCACAAAACACCUUCAAAAGCCAAAGAAAACCACACCCACAACCCAAUAAACCCACCACCCAUCAAUUCCCCUCCACCGGUACACCAACACAUCCACACCAAAUGUCCAAAAUAACCCCCAAAAACCUCUCCUACAACAAUACUCUUCCCCCCUUCCUCCAACGCCUCCAAGCCAACAAUUCCUCCGCCAAUGGCCGCCACGAAUUCACCAUAUCCCGUCCCUCAAAACUUCGAGACGAAGACGAAGAGAAAGAAAGUGAGCCCGUAGUAUUCGACGAGGUAAGCGGAGAGACGCUUAGUAAAGGGGAGUGGGAGAGACGGGAGAAGGAAAGGGAAGAAGAGGGAAAGAUGGAGAGGGAGGCGUGGAAGGAGAGGAAAAGGAAAAGAGACUUUGUGAAUGCGAAAAUAGCAGUGGGAAUUGGGAGCGGAAUUGGAAUGGGUAAGAAGAGGGGGAAGAUUAUCGGGGUUCUGAGGAUGAGGGGAGGAUGAAGAGAGCUGAUAGCAACUAAAGCGGAAACAGAAGACGGAAAAGAGAAAAGAAGAAACCUAAAGUUGACGAAGAAGGGAAGAAGAUUAAGUUGAGCUUUGGGGAUGAUGAGUAAGCUCUAGAAUUGGGUUUUGGGUGAAGAGGUGGUGGAGUGUUUUUUUUAUAGAGCAUUGCAUGAAAGGGACAUUAGGAAUGGCGUUUGGAUAUGGGAUGAUACCCGGCUGCUGUUAAUUAGCCACGUCUGCAUUGAAAGUAUUGACAAAAUCACAAAUGAAUAUCACAGAU